AUGGCACCUUACGAGGCUUUAUAUGGUCGUAAGUGUUGCACUCUUCUAUGUUGGACUGAGUUAGGCGAGCAUCGAGUUUUGGGUCCUGAGUUGGUUUUUGAGACCGAGGAUAAGGUUAGGCUAAUUCGGGACUGUCUGAAGGCAGCUUUUGAUAGACAAAAAUCUAUUGCAGAUCUGAAGAAGCAUGAGAUUGAGUACUCUUCGAAUCCAUCUUAUGUUGUCUCUGUUGAGGAAAUCGAGGUUAGGCCGGACUUGACUUUUGAAGAGGAUUCGGCUCAGAUUCUAAAUCGAGACGUUAAGGUUCUGAUGAGGAAGUUCAUUCCUUUAGUGAAGGUUCUGUGGCAGAAUCUUGGUUCUAAGAAGGCCAUAUGGGAACCUGAGGAUUCAAUGCGCUGGCAGUAUCCUCAUCUUUUCAGAUCAGGUAAUCCAUAG